AUGGAGAAGAAGGAAGGGAAGCCCUCUGAGGACGGGACCCCUGUGUCCCCAGCCACGGAGGUCCCGGAGACAGUGGGAGGGGGAGCCUCUGCUGAGGAGGAGGCCACAGGCCCAGCUGAGAGGACCAUCACAGAGGGGCCUCCAGAUGGGGCAGGAAAGCAGGAGAGGGCACCAGCUGAGGACAAAAUUUCAGCUGAAUUCCAGGGGGAAUCCAAAGGGGAGGCUGAACUUCAAAAGGAGGACAGUGGGAAGAAAGAGACCACCGUGGCUCCUCAGGAGAUGGCUGAGAGGAAAGAAGAGACCAACUCUGAACCCAAGGAGGCUGAGGGAAAAGAGGAGACCACGUUGGCCUCUGAGAAGCAGAAGGCUGAUGAGAAAGAGGCCAAGCCUGGAUCUAGGGAGAAAGCCAACGUGAGUGAUGAGGCACAGGCUGCUGGGGAGCAGGAAGACAAGGCUGGAGGCAGGGAGGCUGCUGGGAAGGAGGAGGCCAAGGUUGGAGACAGGGAGGCUGCUGGGAAGGAGGAGGCCAAGGCUGGAGGCAGGGAGGCCAAAAGGAAGGAGGAGGCCAUGGCUGGAGCCAGUGAGGCUGCUGGGAAGGAGGAGGCCAAGGCUGGAGACAGGGAGGCUGCUGGGAAGGAGGAGGCCAAGGCUGGAGGCAGGGAGGCCAAAGGGAAGGAGGAGGCCAUGGCCGGAGGCAGGGAGGCUGCUGGGAAGGAGGAGGCCAAGGCUGGAGGCAGGGAGGCUGCUGGGAAGGAGGAGGCCAAGGCUGGAGGCAGGGAGGCUGCUGGGAAGCAGGAGGCCAAGGCUGGAGCCAGUGAGGCUGAUGGGAAGGAGGAGGCCACAGUGGCCUCUCAGGAGGAGAGCGAUAAGACGGAGGAGCCCAAGGCUGAAGCCCAGGAGAAAGCCAGUGCUCCAGAGACCAAGUCGGACUCUCAGAAGAAGACUGCCAUGGAAGAUGCGGCCAAGCCUGAACCACAGGAGGAGGUGGUGAAGGAGGAGGUGGAGCCAGGCUGUCCUGAUGAAGAACAGGACCAGGGUGUGGAGGAAGAGUCGGAGGAAGGGGCAGGAGUGCUUCCCGGCUCUGCUGAGGAAUGGCCCGAGAGCCCCACGGAGGAGGGCAGCAGCCUCAGCCCAGACGGGCUGAGCCCAGACACCGCAGCUUUCGGAGAGACCAGUCCUUCAGCCAGUGAAUCUUCACCUAGCGAUGUGUCCCAGAGUCCCACGGAGCCCCCUCCCUCACAGGAGAAGAAGAAAGAGAAGGCACCAGAGCGCAGGGUGUCGGCCCCUGCCCGGCCCUGGGGGCCCCGUGCCCAGAACCGCAAAGCCAUCGUAGACAAGUUUGGGGGGGCAGCCUCGGGCCCCACGGCCCUGUUCCGGAACACCAAGGCCACGGGGGCAGCCAUCGGCGGCAUUAAGAACAUGCUCCUGGAGUGGUGCCGGGCCAUGACGAGGAGCUACGAGCACGUGGACAUCCAGAACUUCUCCUCAAGCUGGAGCAGUGGCAUGGCCUUCUGCGCCCUCAUCCACAAGUUCUUCCCCGAUGCCUUUGACUAUGCUGCGCUGGACCCCGCCAAGCGCCGGCACAACUUCUCCCUGGCCUUCUCCACAGCCGAGAAACUGGCCGACUGUGCCCAGCUGCUGGAGGUGGAUGACAUGGUGCGGCUGGCAGCGCCCGACUCCAAGUGCGUCUACACCUACAUCCAGGAGCUGUACCGCAGCCUCGUGCAGAAGGGACUGGUGAAGACCAAGAAGAAAUGA